AUGUCGCUGCAGACAUAUAUAAACGUGGGCACGCCGGGGUUUGCUCGCGGCGGCGGUGUGGAACCAUCCUUGAUGCGGGGCUGCCUUUUUGGGAGCGGCGAAAGGAGCCGGCGCCGGCGAUCGCUGCCGCCGGGGCCGCCACUGCGCCCAUGGGCACGGGACGCGGGGCGCGCCCCCGCAGCGCCGCCGGCUGAGGGCGCGGGGCGGUGGCCCGGCGGCGGGGGCAGGCGAGGGGAGGCGGCGGCGGGCGGCGAUGAAGGGCCAGCGGAGAGGAUGCCCCCACCUCGCCCCCCGGGCUCCAACUUCGCGGAGAACUAUCGGCCCCGCAGCCUCCGCCCCCGCCCUGCCUCUCCCGGCCGCGCGUCCAACUUAAUGCCCCAGCGGGAGCCCCAGCCAGCAGCCCCCCCGCCCCCCGGCCUCCGCCUCCCCCCCCAGCAGCCCGGGUUCCCGGCGGCCUCCCGGUGCCGGCGGAGCCCCUGGCCCCGGCGCGCGUGGGUCCCGCGGCGCCCGGGGCGGCAGCAGCGCGGCAUGCGGCGGCCCCGCGCACCAUGA